AUGGCAGGUCGAAGUGGAUACGAUGAUGUUAAUCCCAGGGAUUACGGUGGCGGCAGAAGAACUGUUGGUGGCCGCCCCCUUCCCUCCGAGCCUCCGUAUAAGGCAUACGUUGGAAACUUGCCCUCGGGCAUUAUUCAAGGCGAUAUCAAUAGGAUUUUUCCUGAUCUAUCGAUUAAAAAUGUGAGAUUGGUAAUGGAUAGAGAGACAGACAAGUUUAAAGGCUUCUGCUAUGUAGAGUUUGAAUAUCUUGAAGAUUUGAUGAAAGCUAUUGAAAUGAAUGGGGUCCUUAAUGUGGAUGGUAAUAUAAUUAAAAUUGAUGUAGCUGAAGAGAAGAGAAAUGACAGAGGUGGCUUUGAUCGCGGUCGGCGAGACGGUCGUGUUGGUGGCGGCGGUGGCGGCGGCGGCUUCAGACGGGAAGGCGGCGGCGGUGGUGGUGGCGGCGGCGGUGGUGGAGGCGGACGUGGUACGUACGACCACUUCGAUGGGCUCGAUCGUCGUGCGCCGCGCCAUCCGGGUGGAGGGAUGCCACAUGACCGUGAACGAGGUGCCGGAGGCGAGCGGUGGGGAGGCGAGGGCGGCGGGCGGGGCGAGAGCGGCGGGCGCUCGUCGCGCGGCGCGUCCGAGGAGCCGCGCGGGUCCGCGGGCGGCGCGCAGGAGUGGGGCCGCAUGGGCCGCUCCUCCGCCGCGCCGCAGCCACGCCCGCCGCCGCGCCAGCGCAACUUUGAAGAUAUGCCAACUUCGCGCCCAGACACGUCGGGGCGGCCCAAACUGAAGCUGGAGCCUCGGACGGUGAAGGAGCCGGUGAACUCGCUGGCGUCGACGAGCCAAGCGCACUCGAUAUUCGGCGGCGCGCGGCCGCGGGAAGAACGGCUCAAGGAGCUGUCCAACGAGUAG